AUGUCGUCGGACUCCUCGUCGUGGGCGCGCGCCCUGGUGCAGAUCUCGCCCUACACCUUCUCCGCCAUCGGCAUCAUGGCAUGGGGUAUCUUCAUCACGGGGAGCAGCCUCAUCGGGGCCGCCAUCAAGGCGCCUAGGAUCACAUCUAAGAACCUCAUCAGUGUCAUCUUCUGUGAGGCUGUUGCAAUUUAUGGUGUAAUUGUGGCAAUCAUUCUCCAGACAAAGCUUGAAAGUGUGCCAACAUCUCAAAUGUAUGCUCCGGAGUCUCUUCGAGCUGGCUAUGCAAUCUUCGCAUCUGGCCUUAUUGUUGGCUUUGCUAAUCUUGUUUGCGGCUGUGCACUUUAUGAUGCUCAGAACUCAUCACUCUUUGUAAAGAUCUUGGUGAUUGAGAUCUUUGGCAGCGCUCUGGGACUGUUCGGAGUCAUUGCGGGCAUCAUUAUGUCUUCUCAAGAGACAUGGCCAGCAAAAGCUUGA